UCAAAAUGUUAGGUUGUUGUUGAGCCAUUUCCUUAUCUUCUAACCAAACAAUCCGACUUCACAGUUAAUUGAUUAAUUCUAACAAUAAUUUACUCAGUGGUUAAAGAAAAGACUGGGUAGAUGCAGCCCACCACUUUGGUGAGGUUCAUUAUUAUCUCCUCCCAGUCGGCGAUCUCGAACCCAGUCAUCUUGGGCUGCAGCUCGGAGCCCGGAUGCGCCGCCAUGCCGACUCUCUCAGCGAAUGGAAUAAUUUAUUCACCAACCUGUCUCACACUGGGCGACUAGGAGUUGACUGAAGAAGUCGACAAGACAGUUUGGUGGACAGAGGAGCGUUUUAUCGCGGACAGACGAGGACGCAACACCCGCGCUGUGUUCACUUGUGUGUGCUUGUGUUGUGUUGUUGCGGGGACACUUGUGUGCUAGCUACGCUAACGUUAGCUCGAGUCGAGAGAGUGCGCGGUAGUGACAGUCCGGCCGGAGGCGGGGAGAACUGUGAGAUCCAGAAAAAAAUUCCAUGUCUGCAUCAGCUCUGGAAACCAUAAGAGAUGUCUGUUGAUGAAGAUACUGUAAAAACUGGCAGUCCACAGGCCAGCUCGGCGCCGUCUCUGCAGCUCUCAGAAUGCACCGGAGGUUACAGCAAGACAUCUGUGAUGGCGGAGGGUACCGCAGCCACCCCUGAUUUUGCAGCUGCUUGUCCUGUCCUGGGAACUGCAGCUGCGCCAAAACACAAUUGCACGACUGACACGCAUACCCACUCAGAUGAUGCUGAACAAAGAGCCAGAAGGAACGAGAAUAACAUCAAUCGCAGGAGCACCUUACAUCAUUCCAAACAACAGCAGCAAACGAAACUAACAAAGCGCCGCAACACAGCAAACGCUAGUUUCAAGCAUCCAACAUCUGGCAAGAGGAGACGAAGGGCCAACUCUGAGAGUGACUCCGUCCUGCCUACUAACUUCCUUCUGGGUGGGAACAUUUUUGACCCACUGAAUCUCAACAGCCUGCUGGAUGAGGAGGUCAACAAGGCACUGAAUGCAGAGACCCCCAAAUCCUCUCCGCUGCCAGCGAAGAGUCGAGACCCCGUGGAGAUCCUCAUCCCCAGAGACAUCACAGAUCCGCUGAACCUGAACAGCGGGAUAGCAGGCGGCAGCUUUUUAAUGUCCCCCUACAAGAGUGGUGGCAGGAAGAGACACCGCAACAGACACCAUGGAGGAGGUGGUGGUAGUGGGGUUUCAACCACACAGAUCAGCCUCUCAGAAUCAGCAAAAAGUGAGGUUAAAACUGGCACCUCUACACCACUUCCAGGUAUGUUAGCCUCAUGCUCUGCACUAGAUGUCUCCAAAGAGUCAAACAGUUUUUCCAGUGUCACAGGGGAUUCCCAUGAGCACUCAGCUGACAGCUCAGCCAGCUGCAAGGAGCAGAUGACAUCUGUAUCUAUGGAGGACUCCACUUCUUCCAUGUUGGGGGGGCCGAACCAUCACACAAGCAGACGCAAGCGUAGGCGCAACUCUGGCAAAAUGGAGCCCCCAGUGACCCAUUCCACACCGAUUGGAAAGUCAGGAUCUGGAGACAGGAGUUGUGGCACAGGGGGGCUGAGAAAUUCUCAGUCCUUUCACACACCAAAGUGUGGUCCCAAGACGGGGCCAGGAGGUCGCCAGCACCAGCAGCCCCACAAUCAGGCGAAGGAGCAACAGAAGAAGUUCCAGUAUGGGAACUACAAUAAGUAUUAUGGCUACCGCAACCCAGGAGCUAGCGAAGACCCACGGGUACGUGUGCUUCGUCCAGAAUGGUUUGAAGGUAAAGACGUUCUGGAUUUGGGGUGCAACUCAGGCCACCUAACACUCUAUAUUGCCAAAAUGCUAAGACCUGCCCGCAUACUGGGCCUGGAUAUUGACAGUGGUCUUGUACAUGCGGCGCGUAAAAACAUCAGACAUUAUCUGUCUGAACUGCAGACCCAAGAGGCCAGGCGUGCAAUGCAGAGCACUAAACUGGAGGAGAGGAAUGGAAAUGGCACAGACAAGAAGCACAGUGAAGCCGAGAGCAGGGUUGAAAAUGGGAAACCAGUGAAAGGAGAAAGUGGCCCUGCAGAGGCUGUAAAUGACAAUGACUCCUGUCACGCAGAUGAGGCAGGGGCCCAGAGGCAGGACAGCAAAACAGAAGAAAUGGAGCAGGGAGAUUGUGAUUCACCCCCUGCUGAUAACUCUGUGAGCUGCUCUUUUCCUGUGUCCCUGCGGAUCUCCAGGGGGCCGAUUGCUGCACCUCCACUGACAGAAACAUCCACCACACGGCCGGGGGAGUUCCCCUCAAAUGUGUCCUUCAUCAAGGCUAAUUAUGUACUGGAAAACGAUAAUCUUCUUUUGACUCAGCGGCCAGAGUACGAUGUGAUCAUGUGCCUGAGUGUUACCAAAUGGGUUCAUCUAAACUGGGGAGACAGUGGCCUCAAACGGCUCUUCAAGAGAGUCUACAGACAUCUUCGGCCAGGAGGCAUGUUCAUCCUGGAGCCACAGCCCUGGGAGUCGUAUGUGAGGAGGAAGAAGCUUACGGAUAAUAUUAGCAGGAAUUAUCACAGCAUCCAACUCAAACCUGACCAGUUUUCAUCGUAUCUUACAACUGAGGUGGGCUUCACCAGUUUUGAGCACCUUGGGGCCCCCAAGUGUUCUAUAAGAGGUUUUCAGAGGCCAAUCUACCUAUUUCACAAAUGACCGCUCCUGCCUUGAAAAUCAUUGAAUGAGUAGCCUAAACUACCACCAGCCAGCCACCCUGGACUGCAAGGAAUCAUCUGAAACCUUAACAGAUACUCCAGCUACUCAGAUGCUGAAGAUAAAAUUCAGAAAGGGGGAAUGGGACCAAAAGUAGAAUUCAUUUCGUAAAGAUGAGAUCUGUGGAGAAGAGACACCUAUCAGAAUCCUCUAUGACUUCAAAUCCUUAAAAACGUAUUGGACAAACUCAGAUAGGACUCCACAAUGCAUAUCCUGGAGCCAAACGUCACAGUUUGGCAGACUGUGGAAGAGGUGCUCAUCUGAUCGUUUCUUUGGACUAUCCUAGUGCUAAUGAUGCCUCACUUUGAUGCAUGGCCAUAACAUGUGUUUGAAUAUCUGGCCAUAUAUCUUUACAUUCAUAACUUUGUUCUGGGCCACCACACCACAAUACAUUAUACAUAUUAGGGUUGGACAAUAGGGCAGACUUUUCCAAUUGGCCACUUGAACUCUAGUUUGAUGGUGUAUUCACCACAUUAGCUAAGUGACCAACUGUGUGUUGUAUCUUCAAAGCUGCAGUAAACCACUGGUUUACAAAGCCACUAAACAGAUCACACUGGAGUGCAGGUAAUGUGUUUUAUGCUUUUAGGAUACUGUGCAGGCUAUUAUUGGAUGAAGCAUCAUAUUGCCGGCUCCAUUCCAACUACUAGUGGCAUAGAAUCUGUGUUCUUAGUAGUUAAACAUUUGCAUCACUUUUUAAAACCCUCAAUCCUGGUGCUCCAUAUAUACGAAUGAACACAUUUUGGUGAAUUGAAACCAGCCAAACAAAUUCCAUCAACCAUAGAUUCAGUCCAUAGCUAAUAGCUGAUGUAUCUGUCCCAUCGCCCAACCAUAAUAUAUAUUUGUUUUGUCGUUACGUCGCAAAGUAGACUCAGAGCUGAAUGAACUUUAACCUGUUAGAGCUGUGAAAAUGGACAACGUGGAAAUCUCCUAAAUUGCACAAACCUAAGAUCCUAUGAAGUGAAAAGUGGUGCACGAUGAGAGAAGUGCACCCAAAACAGCCAAAAUUACAAACAUCGAAUGAAAGUGAAUGCUUACCCAGUGCACAGCCAAGAUGUUUUCAUGUUAUUGUCUCCUUUUUCUUUAUAUUUCUAUUUCCUUUUUUUUGUAACAGUUGUCUUUUAAAACUGUCAUGAUAAAUGAUGGUGUAGUCAUCUGAUAUUAGUUUCUGUCAUUAUAAAAUGGAGACAUCAUUUAGUUUUACCAGGCCUGCUGCCACUGGGCAUAGCACUUAGUAUUGUAUUUCAAACCUGACAUCAGCUAAAAUGUUUUAGCUGUUUUGAAUGUAAACUUUCUACAAACCUUCUGGCCUGUUUAAUUUACUUGAGCGUUUGAACUGUUUAGGAAGCAACAAAUCACUUCAUGGGUUCUUUAAGCCUUUUUGGUGCUCCAUCCUAAGGGUAGGGGGCACAUUUGAGCUGUGAUGACACCCAGGUGUUGGUUUAGCUCAAACUAAUUCAGCACAGAGACCACAAGGACUAUUUUUCACUUCCCAACAUCAUCAUGAGCUUGCAGUGAUCUGUUUUAUUUUUCUAAUGACAGUUAAGCCAUAGCCCUACCUUUUAUAUGUCGUUUACAACGUCCUACAUGAGGUGCUGACUGAGAGUAUAAUUGACUGUAAAAUUAACAGCAAUGGCCUGUUAUUAGAGAGUUGCUACAGCAUUUUCAGUGCUGUAUAAGUCUGACUCGUGCAUUGGUUUCUGUGGUCUGAUCAUCAGUACUGGAUAGCCGUUAAUUCAAACAGUAUCAGAAUCUAUUGCGAUGCUUUUCUAGCUCCUGAGUUGGACUCGACCUCUGUAAGGCUGAACAAAAAUUACAUUUGUAGAAAAUGAAUACUUACUAAAAGGAAUGAAAUAUAUCCAUAUGACUUUUUACCAAAUUGAAUUAUUCUGUUUCUUUUGAAGCGCUGCCAAAAUAUUUUAUGGUUCUUUUUUGAUUUAACAAAAUAUGCUUUCAUCAUCCUAAUCUUUGGCCUAAAAGUCAGUCUUUGUGAUUGUACCUUAUUGGUGUGCACACCGGGCCAGAUAUUACUCAUCUACCCCAUAUCAAGUUGCAGGGACAGAAAAUGUUCCCUUUUUUUGUGACUGGUUCAUUUAUAGCAUUUGGCAUACUAGGGUAGGGGAUGAUGGAGAAGAUGGAUGAUAUGUUUCUAUUUUAGUAAGUGAUCAAUGUAAAUAAGUUUGCAAAUUUUGUUUUACUGUUGAUAUUACGUUCAUAAUUGCUAUUGUCAUUUGUCAGUGUGUUUUUAUUUUUUAUUUUUUUUGUCCUCUUUUCAAAUGUUUGCUGCCAAGUUGUGAGCGAGGCACAGGUCAGAGUUUUUAAUCCUACAACGGAUCGCUAAUCCAGUUCUGUAACAACAAAUGAAUAUGUAUGUUGCAAAGUUCUGAUGGGUUUGCUUUGUUCUGUCCUGGCAGGCACACGGAUUGUUAGAUUGGCUCUUUAUUUUUUUAUAAACUGUUUGAAAGGA